AUGUCACUAAUUCAACUGCCCAGAGUUACCAACCACUGGAGACCCGUCUUUGGAACACCACUUAUUCAACAAACAAUGGCUUUGAACAAAUUUGAAAAGAUUAGACAGUUUCUGCAUUUCAAUGAUAAUAGCAAAUUUCUUCCUCGGACUGACCCCAAUGCUGACAGGAUUUUCAAAAUCAGACCAGUUAUUGAUGCCUUGAACGCAACAUUCAGCAAAGUUUCACUAGAAAAGAACCUUUGUGUGGAUGAGCAAAUGUGCUCCACCAAAGCCCGAAAUUUGCUGAAAAGAUACAACUCCAAGAAACCGCACAAAUGGGGGUACAAAAUCUAUGUCUUGAGUGGCGUUUCUGGGUUUGCCUAUAAGACAGAGGUUGAAACAGGCAAAGAGAAUAUUGUUAUUCAAGGAGAACCAGAUUUGGGAGCCUCAUCCAAUGUUGUAAUGAGAUUGUCACGUAUGAUCCCUAGGCACCAAAAUUUUAGGCUGUACUUUGACAACUAUUUUACUUCUCUGCGUCUCCUAGAAUAUUUAGCCAAAGAAGGAAUCCUCAGUCUUGGUACUAUUAGAAGGAAUAGGAUUCCCAAUUGCAAACUGUCAUCAGAGAAGUUGAUCAUGAAGAAAGAACGAGGAUAUUCAGAAGAAUACGUAGCCAGCAUCGAUGUGUCAACAGUCGCAUGGAAGGACAAUAAAAUUGUCACCUUGGCUUCCACAUUUGCUGGCCAAAAACCUGAAACUGAAGUCCAGAGAUAUGACAAAAAGAACUCGAGCUAUGUAAACAUCAAACGACCUAAUGUAAUUGGCGAGUAUAAUCGUUUUAUGGGUGGCGUAGAUCUUAUCGACAGCAUUAUGGGCAUAUAUAAGAUUCGAAUACGGAGCAAAUGUUGGCACAUGCGCAUAUUCUAUCAUUACUUGGACCUCACGAUGGCCAACGCAUGGCUGCUUUAUAAAAAAGUGUACAAAUACAAAAAUAUUUCUCAGAAGACCAUCAUGGCUUCAGCAAAUUUCCGUCUGGAGGUUGCAGAGACACUAUGUAAAAUGGGGACGAAAUCUAGUUUUUCGACACGGCAAUCUCUACAAGGUGAGAUCUUAGCAAAGAAACAUAGAGGACCUGCUCAGCAUGUGCCUCCACAGGCCGUUCGUCAAGACCAAAUUGGACACUGGCCUCAAUGGGCUGAUAAAAAAAUCCGUUGCAAAUUCCCAAAAUGCUUGGGAUUUACUCACACUGUAUGUGAGAAAUGUGGCGUGGCUCUAUGCUACACUAAAAAUAAAAACUGCUUCAGGAAUUUCCACCUUUCAUAA